GCAGGAAUAACGGUCCUUCCUCCAACUAUUUCCAAGGCUUAUUAUCAUUUUGCAAGGAUCCCGUUCUCUUCAAAUCGCUACUGCUCUUGUUUAUUGUUCGUCAACAGAAGUCUCCAAGAAGAUAGAAACGUAAACAAUCAGAUAUUGAGCCUGCGUGCUGCUGAUUCAAGGAGUCGAGUCCAUGCGAACUGCCAUCUGAUCCAGUCUUAUCAAUGAAGCAGCUGAUCAUGGCGGAUGGCCCCAGGUGUAAGCGGCGAAAACAAGCCAACCCAAGACGGAAAAACGCAGUCUUGAACUAUGAGAACGUGGUGGAGACCGGCUCGGAGACGGAGGAGGACGACAAGCUGCCGGUGUCCGAGGAGGACGGCCUGCUGAACGGAGCAGCCAGUCCCGCCAGCGUGGCCAAUCACGAGGAGGCCGGCUCCCCGCUGGCCGGCCACACCCUGCUGACCAAGCCCGACGACGACGACGACGACAUGAGGGACAGCGGCGUGGACCACGUCUGGCACGAGAGCGACAUGCUGCGCGCCUCAGUCGAUGGUACUGAUGAAAUGAAAGAUGACUUUGACACUAUGGGGCCUGAUGCCACUCUUCAACCAGUUGGAAACGGUACAGUUAAGAAUGUUGAUUGCACUUCAGACUUCGAGGAGUUCUUUGCCAAACGCAAGCUGGACGACAGCGAGAGCCACGUGGUCAGUAUAGCCGAGUAUCUCCAGCGCGGGGACACGGCCAUCAUUUACCCAGAAGCCCCGGAGGAGCUGUCCCGCCUGGGCACGCCUGAAGCCAACGGCCAGGAGGAGAAUGACCUACCACCUGGAACUCCAGAUGCUUUCGCCCAGCUGCUGACCUGUCCGUACUGUGACCGGGGCUACAAGCGUUUGACAUCGCUUAAGGAGCACAUCAAGUACCGGCAUGAGAAGAACGAGGAGAACUUCGCCUGCCCGCUGUGCAACUACACGUUUGCUUACCGCACCCAGCUCGAGCGGCAUAUGGCCACGCACAAGCCAGGACGAGAUCAGCACCAACUGCUGAACCAGGGGGCUGGCAACCGCAAGUUCAAAUGCACCGAGUGUGGCAAGGCCUUCAAAUACAAGCACCAUCUGAAGGAGCACCUGCGGAUUCACAGUGGUGAGAAACCGUACGAAUGCCCAAACUGCAAGAAGCGCUUCUCCCAUUCGGGCUCCUACAGUUCCCACAUCAGCAGCAAGAAGUGCAUCGGCCUGAUCACGGUCAACGGCCGCAUGCGCAACAACAUGAAGACGGGCUCCUCGCCCACGUCCGCAUCCUCCUCCCCCACCAACAGCGCCAUCACCCAGCUGCGGCACAAGCUGGAGAACGGGAAGCCCCUGGGCCUCCAGGACCAGUCCAACCACAUGGACAUCAAGACCGAACCACUGGACUUCAACGACUACAAGAUGAUGUUGGCCUCGCACGGCUUCGGCGGGCCUGGCAGCGGUGGCGGCGGCGGGGGGCCGUUCAUGAACGGUGGGUCAGGCGGCGGGGGAAGCCCGCUCGGGGUCCACCCCUACAGCUCGGCCCAGAGCCCCAUGCAGCACCACCUCAAUAUGGCCAUGGAGAGCCAGCUCCUAGGGUACCCGCACCUGAGCAACAACCUGAGCGAGGUGCAGAAGGUGCUCCAGAUUGUCGACAACACUGUGUGCAGGCAGAAGAUGGACUGCAAGCCCGAGGACAUCUCCAAGCUCAAGGCGUACAUGAAGGACCUCAGCGCUCAGAUGGAGGAGCAUAAACAGGGACUGGCCUCUCAGGCGGGAGGACAAGGCGUGGGCCUGCCCGUGGUCAACCACAACGGAGCCACCAAGAGCAUCAUCGACUACACGUUAGAGAAGGUGAACGAAGCCAAAGCCUGCCUACAGAGCUUGACCACGGACCCCAAGAGACAAUUUAGCAAUAUCAAAAAGGAGAAGUCGAAUCACCACACAGUCGACAUAGGUACAGAUGAGAAGAAGAUGAACGAGAACAACUUAAUGUUUACACCGUACUCUUGCCAAUACUGCAAAGAGGCCUUCGCAGGUCCCAUCCCUCUGCAUCAGCACGAGCGCUACCUGUGCAAGAUGAACGAGGAGAUCAAGGCGGUCCUCCAGCCCAACGAGAACCUGACGCCCAACAAGCCGGGGAUGUUUGCGGAGAAGCACGCCAUGCUGCUCUCGUCCAUCAUCUCCGACAAGGCCAUGACGGGGCCUGUCAAUCCGUACAAGGACCACAUGUCUGUUCUCAAGGCCUACUUCGCCAUGAACAUGGAGCCCAACUCCGAGGAGCUUCUCAAGAUCUCCAUCGCUGUGGGGCUCCCUCAGGAAUUUGUCAAGGAGUGGUUCGAGCAGAGGAAAAUGUACCAGUACGGCAACGGCAGAACGCCUCCCAUGGACAGGGGCAUGGACAGGGGAAUGGAGGUGGGGCUGCCCGCUACCAACCACACCCCGAUUAAAGACUCAAUGGCCGCCAGGUCCCCGGUGUCCCUGAUCAAGCCGCCCGACCACAUCACGUCGCCAACUCUGGCGGAGUUCCACAACAACGUCAACAAUUGCGACACUCCCCUCAGGCUGUCGAAAACCGCCCAUUUUACCGGAACCAAACAGAUGGCGAAGAUAGAGAAGUUGGACCACCACUCCCGCAGCAACACUCCAUCCCCGCUGAACCUCUCCUCCGCGUCGUCGAAGAACUCCCACAGCAGCUCGUACACGCCAAACAGCUUCACGUCCGAGGACCUCCAGGCCGAGCCACUGGACCUAUCACUGCCAAAACUCAUGAGGGAAGCCAAGCACAUCCUGACCAUGAAAAGCCACCACAAGCCCAGCAGCGUCCCGAUCGACCACAACAACAUUUCCUCCCCGCGGGAGCACCUAGAGGAGCCCUUGAAUCUGGCCUACCUGUCCAAGAAGGAGUUCGCCGCCUCCAACGGCAACAACAACACCAACGGCAACCUCGACAAAAGCACUAGCCACAUGUUUGGCAUCAACCCGUUUAGUGCCAAACCUUUGUACACACAACUGCCCCCACAGAGCGCGUUCCCCCCGCCCACCUUCAUGCCCCCGGUGCAGGCCAGCAUACCGGGCUUGAGGGCAUAUCCGGGACUCGAUCAGAUGGGCUUCCUGCCGCACAUGGCCUACACGUACGCCGCGGGGGCUGCCACCUUUGCUGAGAUGCAGCAGAGGCGAAAGUACCAGCGAAAGCAAGGUUUCCAGGGGGAGCUGCUUGACGGCACAGGAGAAUAUCUGUCUGGCCUGGAUGACAUGACAGACUCAGACUCCUGUCUGUCCCGGAGGAAGAUUAAGAAGACAGAAAGUGGUAUGUACGCGUGUGACUUGUGCGACAAAACAUUCCAGAAGAGCAGUUCCCUCCUAAGACACAAAUAUGAGCACACAGGUAAGCGACCGCACCAGUGUCAGAUCUGCAAGAAGGCGUUCAAACACAAGCACCAUCUGAUCGAGCACUCGCGGCUGCACUCCGGCGAGAAGCCCUACCAGUGUGACAAGUGCGGCAAGCGCUUCUCCCAUUCGGGGUCGUACUCGCAGCACAUGAACCACCGCUACUCGUACUGCAAGCGGGAGGCCGAGGAGAGGGAGGCGGCCGAACGCGAGGCCCGCGAGAAGGGCCAUCUGGAGCCCACGGAGCUCCUGAUGAACCGGGCCUACUUGCAGGGCAUCACGCCUCCAGGCUACCCGGACAUGGAGGACCGGGAUCGGGAAAGGGAGCGCGAACGGGAAAGGGAGCGCGAGCGGGAACGCGAGAGAGAUCGGGAACGAGAACGGGAACGGGACGCCCUCCUGCGCGAGGGCAUGAACGGAGGAGGAAUGAGAGAACGGCCGAAGGAAGUGGACGGAACGUACGCGAAGAUGGGACGACGGGAAGACGAGUUCGAGGAGGAGGAGGAGGAGAGCGAGAACAAGAGCAUGGACACGGACCCAGACACGUUGAGGGACGAGGAGGAGAACGGUGACCACUCCAUGGACGACAGUUCGGUUGACGGGAAAACUGAAGCCAAAUCUGAUCACGAGGACAAUAUGGAGGACGGCAUGUAAUAAAUGAAAUGAAAAAAAAAAAAAA